AUGGCACUUCAGCUUCACAUUCCUCCUUGUAUCCAUAGACCGCCUCAUCAUCUUCAUUUUCCAUCCGCCGACAAACCGCUAAAAAUCCGGAUACAGGGACCCCUCCAGUCCAUUCAAAAGCUGAUCCCCAACAUAUCAUGGCAUCCUAUUUUGCCUUUCCCACAACCUGGGGGGCUAGAACUUGCUAGGCUCACACAUGAGACCUUGUAUGGGCAAAGCCGAGUUGAUAGCCCGCCAGUCGUGCAGGAUGAAUACCUGGCCUGGGUCAUGGAAGGAAGGAGGGCGCUUGACUAUAUCGACUACUAUGGGGUUACGUUUGACCAUCUCGUCUCUCCCAAUGAUGAGAAUCCAGAGGUUCUCGUAAUCAACAUCAUUGAAGUUGAUGACGAUGGGGGAUAUGCUGAUGGAGGGAAAUUCGCAAAUGAGGUUCUCCUGUUUUCAGUAAACCCAGGCGAUUAUACAGGAAAGAAGGUACUUGCAGUGCCUAGAUGUUGUCAGCAUAAGAAAGGCACACAGGAUCGUAGUCUAAUAAAUGGUAUGGUAGCUGAGCGGAGGGUUUAG